AUACAGUUUAGCAUAGAAGAAUUUUGUAUAUUUUUAUUUUGAACAUAACUCGAAAACAUUGUAUAACUUACUAUUGUGUAAAAGGCUGAAUAAAAACAAAUAUUAGACAAUGUGACUCAGAUCAGUUUACAAUUUAAAAAGUUUAUAAUUAUUGUAUUUUUACUAUUGAUGAGUGUAUUUGUAACAAUGACACUUAACUUCAAGUCAUGAAAUUGUUUUGCUGAUAUUUAUAAAAUAUAUUUUUAAUACUCAAUUUUUAUAUUUUCUAUAGCAUCAGACUUUUUACUUAAUUUUUUAUAUUUUCUAUAGCAUCAAACUUUCACUUCUUUAUUUUUGAAGCUCUUGAAUAAACAUUAAGUUAAUUACAUUGAAAAGAGCAUCAUGUUUUAUGUUUAUUUUGUAAUUUUACACAUUUUGUCUAAUUUUGCUUUUUUUUAAUCUCUUUGCAUGAGAAUGUUAAAAAAUGGAAGAGAGAAACAGACAGAGAAAUGUUUCAAAACAUAAAUUUACACUUAAGUUUAAAUGAAAAGAAUUAAUCAUUAAAAGUCAACUUAGAUGUCUUAUGAGGUUUGUAUUCUACACUCUGGUAAUGAUUCAAAUAUUAUUUUCAAGAUAAAAAACUCUUUCAAAGCUGCUAAGUCUCGAAUAACAUUUGAAAUUAUAGACAUAAAAACAAAUCAGCAAGUAGAAGCAAUUGUUGCUAUUGCAUUAAGGGAUUAUAAAGAGCGUAAAAUGAAUUUAAUUAUUAUCAUAUCACUAGCGUUUCUUAAUACUAUUUGGGUUACUGGGUAUAAAACUAGAAUCCUUAAUGAUAUUCUAAAUUAUCCUUCUGAAAAUGUUCUUCAUAUAUGGGCAGAAGAUGUUAAUGAACAAAUUAUGCGCAUGUAUAGUACACACCUAUGUCAAACACAUAUAGGAUUUAAAAGGGUUUUAUUUAAAGAUUUAAAUUAUUUAUCUUCAGAUGAAAUAGCAGAAAAAAUAGAACAUAAACUUUUUGAACAAAAGUCAUCUGUAUGGAGCCAAGAUAAAAAAGCCGCAUACUAUGCUUUAGAUGAAGACUUUUUUCCUUUAGAUAUAAAAAAAUCAACUUUAAAAUUACACGAAUUAGGAGUUAUUAAUUUACAUAACAUAGCAGUAAAGCUAAACGAAGGUUAUUGGAAAAAAUUAGCUAAUUUGUUGCAUUUUAACCCGAUAGCAAUACAGUUACUAGAAAAAGAAACCUUUCCUGCAGAUAAAAUGUUGGAAGACAUAGUUAAAAUUAAUCCAUUCUUUACUCUUGAAAAUUUGAUUGAUUUGUUAAAAGAGAUAAAUCUCACAGAAAUUGUUACUUAUAUUCAAAAAGUAGUGCUAUUAUAAAUAAAUAUCGUCCGACUAUCUUCUAAA